GGACCACGCACUUCUUUCCCACCGUGAACUCCAGCCGUUGCAGAGGCCACAGCCAAAGCAUGGCGAGCCAACCUACGAAAAACUGGAUUCCCGUGUACAAUUUCUACUGGCCACCCGACGCCAUCCCACUCGGCCAGGUGGUUUCCAACCCCCAGUGUGUGCAUCAACCUCUUGCAUCCACGCUCGACUUCCACGUCCCCAUCGACACACCUAUCCACAUCGAGAUCGAAAUCGAAAGCCCGUUCCGAAGAGCCAUUACCAAGCAAAAGAAGCAGCACAAGGUGCACGUCGGAACCCCAAGUUUCGUGCCUCAAGGCAGCUUGAUCCGAAUAUGGCAUCGCGUAACGGGCGGCAUUGAAUGGGGGCGCGAGGAAAAGGACGAAAUCGAAUUUACCAAGAUGCAAAGACGCUCUUUUACUCCCAGCGAGGCCUUUGCGAGAAGACUGAUCGGCGAGCACGAGGUCCACGAAUUCUUCAAGAAGUGCAAGUAUAGGAAGUCGGUUUUCGUAGUAACUGGCGUAAUGACCGGUGAGGAGGGGAAUAUCGUGCACAAGAGGUUACGGAAAUUACUGGGCCGGCUGCCGGUUGUGUUCUCCGCAGACAUCCAGCUUCAGCGGAAUGAGAAAUUUGCCGUUCAUACGCCCGUAGUGUUGGCUUAUAAGCUGUGUAUGAUCUCGCUGAAGGCUCCAGGUGCAAUGCCAGAGACGAAGGAAUUCGUGAAGCGGGCGCAAUGGUGAGGAGCUCUCGAUUUCCAAUAGCU